CCAGUUGCCCAUCCCUUUUCUACACCUGUUUAACAUCCUUUGUUCAUAACUCAGUAAUGCUGUUUAAUAAACACAACUGUCACUACAGCUUUACUGGCCCAUUGUCAGGAAAGUUCCACUGACUGGAAGCCCCUCAAUUAAAAUUACCCUAAUUUUCUCCCAGUUUAAGCCCUUUAGAGCGGUAGACUAAAGCUUUUACGCUGUCUUAUUCUGUUAACAUGAUGAACCAUAUCUGUGUUACACCUACAAGCCACCAUCUGCAGUGCACAGCUGUGGUUGAAAUGCUAUUUUCAGCCCUUCUCAGCAGUCCAUGACAUCUUAAUUCAUUGUAAGAUUUGAUUUAUUUCACCUGUCGUUAAUCUCACCUAAUCCGUGCUAUUCAUAUUCAUCUGUUCUCUCUUCUGUUAUUUAUUCCUGUUUUUGGUAUUACUUCAUGAUUUUGGCAUGAGGAGAGAACUUCUCACUAACCGCUGUGUGCACAUUUUGGUGUAUUUUUGGUUUAUUAUGUUUGGCCUCUGCUGUGGAAUGGCUGUUUGCAUAUGUUAUGAUAAUUCUGUGGUUUCACAACUAAUAAAGGAUUAUGUAAGAUAAGUUCAUGUAUAUUUGGGAAUUACUGCGGGGAAAAUUUCAAUCAGUAAUUCAGUUGCUGCUUUUAUACAGUUUGCAUUUAUCAUUAGGAACAAUGCUUGAGAAAAGUCAGUGAAAGUGUUCACAUUUUCCACUUUGGUUUAAUGCUGUCUGUUUAUGUGUUUUUGCACAGGAUGUUUGACAGAGCGACAAAGAAGCUGAUCCAACAGCUAGAUCCUAAGGGUGCUCUGAUUGCGACUUCCAGACUAAAUGAUUCCGGAAAACUCCAGGCGCUUGCGGUGGUGCUGAAAACCCAGAAAAGCUGGUUCUGGCAGCAAACUAAAUACAAACCCACAGGAUUCAAACUCAAUGACCUGCUGGAAGGGGAUCCAAUUAAACCAGUGUGUGAGGAGAACGAGUUUGUAACGUUUGAGGGAGGGUACAGAAACUCUGUAACUGGAUCUAUAGAGUUGGGAGGUUCUGCUGUCUCCCUAAAUGCGAAUGGACAGGGCACAUCGAAACUUAGUUUAUCAAUCGGGACACUUAAGAAGGAAGAUGUGGAUAUUCCCAGUCUUGUGACGCUCAUUAGAGGAAGGAAGUUGGACCUCAAAAACUCUUUUUUCAAGCAGUCCCCCCCAAAACACAUGGCUUUUACCAUCCUUAAAGAGCGAAUUUUCACCACCCACCCAUGCUCCAUCUCUUAUACCAAACUGGAUAAGGCCAGCUGCCAUGCUGCGGUUGAUUUUGCCGAGAUGCACGUUAAAGACAGCGGUGAAAUUCAGUAUGGCUCUAAGACUGCAUUACACAUCCCACCGAACACUGUGAUGGCUUACAGUGUCAUUGAAAUGACCAUCGAAAGUGACGGCUACUUUGAUUUGUGCAUUUGGUCCAGUGGGUUUGAAUCAGAUGACAUUUCCGAGAAUCCAUUUCCCAAUUUCUCAGAGGUGGAUGGUCAAUGGCCACUGAUCCAGGAAGGUUUCCCACUUACUACUCUAAAAAAAGCACUUGCAGAUGUUCAGACUAGCUUUUGUGCACUGGCUGACUUGUCUGCUGAAAGCCGUUCCUCCAUCCUUCUCCUGCUGAGGGAAAUUCUGACGGACCGAUCUGUCUUGUCAGCUUUGGUGGAAAGACUUGAGGUGUUAAGCAGCAAUGAAGCUCCGUGCUUCUUAGACAACGAGUUGUCUGAAAAACAGAGCCAGAUCAUUGGUGCUUUUUUAGACUUACUGAAAGGUGAACAACUUGACAAGAGUGGACUUACCACAUCAACGUCAUUGUCCAGUUAUAAUGGAUGUCAGAUAUCAACAGCCAAUCACAGGGAUUCUCCCUUGGCAUCUGAGUUAAAUGGAUCAAGCCCCAUACCAGAAGAACAGAAUGGAUGUCACAAGGCUGUAUCUCAUCAGAACGGAUGCUCAACAAAAGCAAGCAGGCAGAGCAUGGAGCUUAUGAAUGUUAUGGAAAUGCUGAUCAAUUCUCUUGACGAACUCACGGAUGCUGGACUGGACCUGCUAGAGCCGUUCUGCACUUCUGAAGGUCUCCAAAGUCUACAGGAUGUAGUGAUUCAUCUGACUACUAGCGAUAUGCCUAGUAGCAAGGACACCAUGCCUGUUUUCCUCCAAAGUGACAAUGAAUUCCACAGAGUGGAGGAACUUUUUAAGUCAUGCAAUGUUUUACUAAGGAAAGAGAAUGACAUGUUAACCUCAGAAAUUACCUGUAGAGAGGGCUUCCUCCCAAUGGUUCUGUGCAUUGCCAUCCAUGGCCUUGCAUCCUUUGUUUCUGAGUGACACUGUUAGUGCUUUUACUGACGGCUGAAAUAGGCUGUUAAAGUGUCAUUUUAACAUGUUUUCCCAAUUACAAAGACAUAUUAGUUCAUGCAGAAAUUACUUGCUUUAGUUUUAAUGCUCCUAUGUGCAGACAUUUACUUGCUUAUUAAUAUUUUGCAUUAAUUUUAUCUUUGUUAAUUCCAUAAGAGUAAUCAGUCUAAUUGUAAUAUAUCUCCAACAAGGUGCCUUUACUCAGGUUUAUACAGAUUUGAAAUAUUUCUGCAAAAAAAGUUAUAUUUAUACAUAACUUUAUUUUCCAGAUAAUUUUAGUUAUUUUCCCAAACUAAAAUACUUUUAUUUUCUUUUAUUACAGUGAAAUUGUAGUAAAAGCCUGAUUUAAAAAACUUUAUGAAAACAACAGUUUAUUUUGUUCUCUGAAAUUGAUUUGUUUUCCAUAGAUCAUUUAUAGAUAGCAGUAUUCAUUUAGUAUUUCUUUAUUUGCCAAGGAUAAAAAGGAUACGAAUGCUAGGAUGAAAGUUCAGAAUCAGAUCUUUUUUAUUGUAAUAUUUUUCA